CGCUGAUUAUGGCGGACGCGUACGAAAGAGCGCUACAGAGCACGCUGUGCGACAUCGCCGCGAAACAUUAUGAAGAGUAUCGUCUGGAGUUCUCGCCCGUGUAUACGGCCGGUGCUGGCUACACGUCGCAGCUGUACCGCGGCAGGAUCAUAGCACCUAACAAAGAAGACAUCAAAUUCUUCGUCAAAGUCGCUGCUCUAGGAACGGAAGCCCGCACGGUGCUACCGACAUCUAUCUAUUUCACAGAGCAAUACGUUUACAAGAGACUAGCUGAAAUAUACAAAAAUAUAGAGGACAAGCAUAAAGUGCCUCUGGAACACAGAUUUGUGUUCCCUAUUGUGUAUGGAUAUAGUGACACAGAGCUGGAGGAAGUCAUAGUGCUGCAAGAUUUGGCCGCAGAAGGAUUCACCGUACAAGAUAGAUUUACUUCUUUCGAUUGGCAUUACGCGUCAGCUGCGGUGCAGCAAAUCGCUCGUUUCCACGCCCUUUCGAUUGCUAUGCAACAUGAUUUCCCUGAAGACUAUAAGGAGGUCUCAGAAACAUUCAAGUUUAGGAAGUCUAAAGAUCAAUCAAUGUUUAAUAUGGUGCAACAAACGGCGAAUAAUUCCAUUGGACUCAUCAAGCCGGAGUACAGAGAGAGAGUAGAAAAGUAUUUAGAAGAAUAUUUACCGAAAGCUAUGGCAACUUAUUACGAUAUACCACCGAGACCAGUGCUGAAUCACGGAGACUUUAGGAUGAGCAAUAUAAUGCAUAGAAAACGUCAGGACGGGAGCGUCGAAGCGAUCUUGAUAGAUUACCAAAUCUUGCAUAUAUCGUCGUGCGUCAAGGACCUAAUGUUCUUUAUCUUCACUGGGUCGGACGCGGAGUUCCGCAGGCAUCAUUAUCAGCAGCUUCUUCAGCAUUACUACAACGAGCUCCGCUGUGCGCUCACCACACUCGAUCUGCAUCCUGACAAAGUGUUCCCUAAAGAAGAGUUUGAUGCAGAUUUGAAAGAGAACCAGCACCUCGGACUGCUGUUCGCACUGCACGCGUUGCCGGUGGUGAUGGUGGCAGAAGAGAAGGCGCCGGCGCCGAGCGAGGUGCUCGGCAUGGAGAACUUUAUGCAGAUCGAAGCCACGCAACUGUGCAAGGACCGCCUCAAUGAGGUCGUCGAGGACUUCAUAGCUUUGGGAGUCAUAUGAUGACAGACUAAAUAUUUUCCGCUAGAUAUUGAAGACUUUUUCAUAGGUAGGUACAAGUGAAGACUGAUAUGAUUUUUAUUUCUUGUUCACGUAGAACUCCAGUCUUGCUGCUCCCACCGAUCAGGGCCCGAUUUAGAGGUGUGGAGGCCCCUAAAUCAGGGCCACUUAAUGAUUUGCAAUCAAAAACUAUUAACACAAAUGGUUUCUUUAUUCACAUAAUCGAAACAUUUAUCGAUUUAAAUUCACGUCUUGGUAACAAUAAUUGGGGGCUCGCGACGUUACUAAUACGUAAAAAUUAUUACUUUAUGGAUAAAGAACAUUUACCCCUUACUCCUACAGAUGAUACUCAACUCUACCCGGAGACAUCAAAAACUCGUUUGAUUAGUUAACAGUAGGUACAUUAAUGCAGUGGCCAGCAUGAGGGAUUGAUGAACGAACAUUAUAAAUGUAGGCAGACGCACAGAUGCGCAAGUCCAUCAAUUCCGUCGUAGCACAGGCUUGUAUAAUCUUAGUACUUUUCUCAAAUAACACGGAAAAUAAAUUUACUAUGAAUAUAUUUGGCCGCUGGACACGACUGAUAUGGAUAUUCAUACAACUUUUGCUGACAUGUAUGUAGCCAAUACAUCAAUUUCGAUAUAAUAUCUCUACUCACAUUUCCAAGCAUAUUUGAGAAAAUUUACCAACUCCGAGUAUUGGUCGUGAGAAAUGUACCUAACUGAGCAUGAACGUAUGUUAUUUACAUUAAGCAAAAUAAAAGAUUAUUGUUAAGAUGUUAUUGUUUUAUUGUUCAAUCCUCCUCCUCGUCGUUGGUGGCGCCGCCAGCCUGGCCCUUGCGCAGGUUCUUCCUCUUGACGCGGCCCGGCCGGCCGCCGCCGAACGGAGACUUCAGCGAGAAGUCAAUACGCGCCUUCUCGAACGGACGACGAGGCGUCACGUAUGUUUUGGAGAAUACCGAAGGUACUCUGUUGUUCACCAUCUUGGCGAGCUGAUACAGUAUUGUACGUCAGU